CUCCUUUGCGCGUGGAAACGCCAGAUGGAUAGCGAAAUAACGGAGCGUGAAUUAAUAGAGCUGGAAAGAAGUGUUGUACCUGACAACACAUCGAAGGCCACUCAGUAUGGGAUGAAGAAAUUUAAUGAAUGGCUUGCAUUGAGAGACCAUGCAUGCGAUUUUGGAACAGUUACUCAUGAAGAACUGUGUAGUUUACUAAGAAGGUUCUACGCUGAAGUGAAGGCGAAGAAAGCGGGGGAAACUCUAACGCCCAGUACACUGACCUGCAUUCGUGCGGCCAUCCAUCGCUGCCUGACCAGCGCUCCACAUAGCAGACCGAUCAACAUCAUAACCGAUAGAGAGUUUAUUGCAGCAAACAACAUUUUUGACGCUCGCUGCAAACUGUACGUAAAGGCAGGCAACCACAAGCCUCAGCAUAAGGCUGCUAUCACAGAGGACGAUAUGAAGCGCUUGGGUGACUACCUCUCGGAUUUCGCGUCAAAUCCAACCAUCCUCCUGCAGGCUACAUGGUUCUAUCUCUGCUUUUUCUUCGGGAGAAGAGGUCGAGAAGGUUGGGCUCAGAUGAGGAAAGAUCAUUUCGUCAUCAGAGAAGACCCAGACGGAAAGGAAUAUGUCACUAUUUCGAAAACUGAAGCAACAAAAAACCAUCAGGGUGGAAGCAAGCAGGGAGAUGUAGACUUUUCUGAUCAGAGGAUGUACGGGCCUGGUGUAGAAGUUUUCAAGAUGUACCAGCAAAAGAUCAAUCAUAAUAGUGAUAGGCUGUUCCAAACACCAAAGAGAGCAUGGACGCAAGAUGAAUGUUGGUUCAGAAACGAAGCAAUGGGGAAGAACAGCCUGUCAACAAUCAUGCAGAGGAUAGCUGAUAGCGCUAAGCUAUCACAACGCUAUACAUGUCAUAGCGUUCGUGCCACCACCGUCACGACAUUGCAUCAAGCUGGAGUGGCAGCUGAAGAUAUCGUUAAAGUAACAAAACACAAAAGGACCGCAAGCCUUUCACAUUACAUUGACGACAUGUCAGUUCCUCAAAAAAGGCGUUGCUCUGAGAUAUUGGCACAAACGAUGACCAGGCAGUCCGACACAGCCGCAAGUGUAGUCCCAGGGUGCAGCGCCACGGUGAUACAGAACGGAGGGCCUGCUACCUCACGACGGUUGUGCGAAGAAAAGCCCAACUUUAAUCUGACCAUCGGUGGGAUGGAAGUGGAUGACUGGUUGAACAUGAACGAACAGGAACAUCGGGUGCCUGACCCAUCGGAAGUCCGUCAAAGCCAGCAACUGGUAACGGCGAGAACAGCUCUGUCGUCACUGCUCCCGAAUGCAACGUUCAACGGGUCUUGCGUUAUCAAUGUGAACUUUCACGCGUAAGGAUAGGUACGCCGUACGAUUACAUAGCGAAAACGCAUCAAAUGUGCAAUCGGUCGUGCAUCGGUCUAU